CAGGCUUGAAGCGGCAACAGCUUAAGUCCAAUCCUUCAGGAACAAUAUUCCUUCCUUUUAACCCCUUUCCCCCACCAUCAAAAUCUUAAAUUCCAACUCUGAUUUCCCCCAACUCACAACAAAACCAGAGCCAGUUCCCAUGGCGUCGUCGAUCGACUCCAAAACCCCCAUCAAAUUCCUCUGUAGUUACGGCGGCAAGCUCGUCCCCCGUUAUCCCGACGGAAAGCUUCGCUACCAGGGCGGCCAAACCCGCGUCCUCGCCGUCCACCGCUCCGUCUCCUUCUCCGAGCUAUUGACCAAGUUGAGGGAGUUCUGUGGAGGUGCUAUGGUGAGCUUGCGUUGUCAAUUGCCGCCGGAAGCAGAUCUCGACGACGCGCUCGUGUCAAUCGUCUCCGACGAAGAUCUGGCCAAUCUAAUAGAGGAAUACGAUCGAUCCCCUGUUUCGUCGUCGUCGCUGAAAAUCAGAGCAUUCCUUUCGCCGCCGUCGAAGAAACAAUCGCCUGCCCCGUCGUCCACCACUUCGUCUUCUUCGUCCAGCUCCUCCUCCUCGUCGUGGUCGUCAUCUAAUACUUUCGCGGCCACGAUCGACUCUCCCAGGUGCUACCGCCGGCAGAUUCCGAGGGCGCCGGUGACCAAUCCGGCGAGGAAGUUCCCUCCUCCUUCUCAUCACUACGGCGGCCACGUUUAUCUCAAUCUCGUCCACAACGGGAAUCAUUGGCAAUAACGGUGUGUGGUUUAGGGACUAGUUUGGAUUAAAAAGAAAGUUAGUGGGGGAAGGCAUAUAUUAUAUAGAUGAAGGAAGUGGGGAAGGUGAGUGGAGGGGAUGAUACACGAUGUAAUUGUGGGAGAGGAAAUUUUAAAUGAAUUAUCAGUCCGUCCAAAUCUCCGGCUCCGGCGGUAUUUUGCUUCCCAAAGUUCGUUAGGGUUAGCCCCACAACAAACUUUCGGUCGCCUCCCGUCCACAGUUCCGUUAUCCUCCGUGUUUUUUCUGGAGCGCUGACGUAAAUAAAACAGGCUUAUCAACUUCUCCCAUAUUUGUUUCUUUUCCUUCCUAUUCUUGUAUUUUAUUUAUUUGUGCAAUUGGCUGGAUAUAGUUUUUUGUGUUUAUGAAUUAUGCUGCCUACAAGUUUCUUUUAUUUUUAGUUUUCUAAUAUUAUGUUUUCUUCGUGGUCAGGUAGAGCUGAGGAGGCAAGGAGUUCCGGCUUGGAGAUAAUUGUGAUUAUGAGCUAGUUUGGCCUGUUAUAGUUUUUACAAAAACAAAUUUUGGUGUAGUAUUUUUUUUUUUUUUGGCAUAGAUAAUUUUGGUGUAGUAUUUACUUUGGAAUGCUUUUUGGGUGGUAGUUUUAAAGAAAUAUUUUUGAAAAAAAAUGGUAGAGUAUUUGCCGAUAAACUAUUAGGCGUACUAAGUCAUGGAAAAUGACUAAAAAUAAUUUUUAAUAUAAAGUGUGAAUAAAA